UCGAGAACUCACGAACGCGUCUCUGAUGACACUUGGGGGUGAGGGGCACUCAUCAUUGGCUGGGCAUUAUUUUUGUUUCGCGUGUUUUGGCGAUUCGACGAUUUUCUUUUCCCAAUCGGACACAGAUUGCAAGUCAUCUCGAAGAUGUCAACGGUCGUCUGUUUCUCAAGACGGAAGCGUCGAAUCUUGCUUCAGCGUUUGGUCUUCAUAUUUGGCGUUUCCAUAUGCAUCUGUCUUGUCUUUUUCCCGUCUACGGCACGCGCCAUUGUGCAAUCACUGGCUGGACCAGGGAUUAAAGAUACAGAGGUCGUCAGCAAGUAUGGGAAAGGCUCAUCAAGUGUCCCUGACGGAUUUGCAGAUGCGGCAGAUGGAUCGUCAAUAGCAGGCGCGAGGCACGAGGAAUAUGAAUCGUCAGACGGGGCAUCAGCGCUCGAUGCAAGGCGCAGCGAGUAUGAGUUGUCAGACGGAUCAGCGAGACUUGAUUCGAAGCACAACGAGCACGAGAUGGAAGAGCAACCGCGGAUGUUCCGAGGCCGACCACAAUACCCUGGACAACGAAGAGGUGGUCCGCCCCCACGGCAGGAACAACAACCAUUGAAGAAAACGAAAGAUCGGUCCGAGGAGGAUAUCGCAGACAAGAUUCGCGACCUGGAAGCUUUGCUUCCCAGCGAUGAUUUCAUGGAAGAUUUACUGUCUCCCCUUCCAGAAGUUGGCGGACCAACACUCCUCCAUGCACUGACGAUUCGCACUCGCAUGUUCAAAGAAGCCUUCGAGGCAUGGGAGGAUUUGCAUUUACACGAAGAUGGAACUUCGGCUGUGCAAUCCCAGGAUGUGAUCAAUCGCCUCAGCAAAUCCAAAACGCUGUCUCGAGCUUCUCGGAAGGAUGCGAUCCAUGUCUAUGAUACAUUUCGCGCGUAUUUCACUUCGCUGGCUGAAUUGCUGUUCCCUUGGACUAUGCCGUACUACAGUGAUCAUAUGUCGCUGCAUACUAGCUUCUAUCAGGGUGGCAAGGGCAUUGUUUUCACGGGCGGUGACAAGCAGGUCCGGUACAUUAUGACUUCGAUCAGAGGCAUUCGCGAGAUGGGUUGUAUGCUUCCUGUGGAAGUGUUGUUCUUGGGGGACGAGGAUAUUCGGGAGGAGAACAGAGACAAGUUGGAAGAGAUUGAGGGUGUCACGACACGGAAUAUCGCACAGAUGAUUAGAGACGAGGGAUGGACGUUGAGAGGCUGGGCAGCAAAACCUUUCGCGAUUCUCAUGUCCUCUUUCCGAGAAGUCAUCUUUAUCGAUGCCGAUGCCCUCUUCCUGCAAACACCUGAUUUGCUCUUCCACAGCCCCGGAUACGUUGAAACAGGAGCUUUGUUCUUCAAAGACCGCAACCUCAUGCCUGAGAAUCGUCGAGAUUGGAUCAAAUCGAUCCUGCCGAGACCUCACUCCGCGAACGUCAAGAAGAAUAGAAUGUGGACUGGCGAGAGCGGGCAUAUGCAAGAUUCUGGUGUUGUUGUGAUCGAUAAAUGGAAGCAUUUCGUCGCUCUCCUGCUCACUACGCGAAUGAAUGGACCGGAUCGAGAUGGAGACAAGAAGAUUGGGAAAAAGGGCGUUUAUGAAAUGGUAUACGGCGAUAAAGAGACCUUUUGGCUGAGCUGGGAAAUGGCCGGCGACCUGGGUUACAGCUUUCACGAUAGCGUUGCUGGCACCAUGGGAACACCUGGACCACUCGAACCCGCCGAAGGCGAGAAAGCUCCCGAAGAAGAAGUAGAUGAAGAUGAAGACGAACGAAAGCCCGUGGGCAGCGGCCAAGAGCCACCAAACGAUAAAGCCCCCAAGAAAAAGAAGAAGAAACCCAAGGGACAAGGUGAGGAUACAGUCUGCUCUUCACAACUCCUCCACUUCGACGACGAGGGUAUGCCUUUCUGGUUCAAUGGCUGGCUCGCUCGCUCGAAGGAACACGACGCCAGUUUAGAGAUCUAUCCGCGAUUUGAUGGGUAUAUGACGGAGCCUCCGGAGACUGGCAAGCACGAGAAAGAGGGGAUUACGUGGCAUGUACGCAAGUCGAAUGUUGUGUGUUUGCACAAACAGACUUUUACAAGGUUUACGUAUCAGGAUCAGAACAAUAUGAAGAUGUUAGUGAGGAUUGCGAAGGAGUAUGUUUGAUGGGGACUAUGAUGGUUGAACAGCGACUGGAAUUGAACUAUUAGACUUAGACUAUAAUGAUCAACUAUUGCAGACGUCCUCUUGCUUGAGAUGGUGCUUGCCAUCACUCAGAAGGAAUCGUUCUUGCGGCUAAGAUGAGCAAGAUCAAGCGAUGCUCCCGGCAACAAGGGUCCUGGGUCCCGGUCCAAUGUUUCGGACCCGACAAGAGAAUCGUGGCUGGCUGAACGACCACGCCAUCCCCGGC